AUGGAGAAGGGAAGCUGCAGCACUGUGUCUGAGUUCAUCCUCCUGGGAUUGUCAGACCCCCCUGAGCUGAGUGUCUUCCUCUCCCUGGUGUUCCUUCUCAUCUAUGGAGUCACAGUGAUGGGCAACCUGGGCAUGAUCACAGUGACCCAGGCCAGCUCUCAGCUUCACACCCCCAUGUACUUUUUCCUAUGCCACUUGUCCCUUGUGGAUUUCUGUUACUCCACCAUUAUUUUGCCUAAGUUGCUUGCAAAUAUCUUAGUCAAGGAAAAAGCCUUUUCCUUCCAGGGGUGUAUGGUACAAUUCUACUUGUUUUGCACAUAUGUGGUCACUGGGGUCAUCCUGCUGGCUGUGAUGGCCUAUGACCACUUUUUGGCCAUCUAUUACCCACUGCUGUACAUGGUUAUCAUGUCCAGGAAGCUGUGUGUGGGACUGGUUUUGGUCUGUGGAACAGUGCAUUCUCUGAUUCACAUGUGUUUAGCUCUUGAGAUCCCAACCUAUAGCUCAAAUGUGGUUAACCACUUCUGUGAUUUACCCCCUCUCUUAUCUCUUGCCUGCUCUGAUGUGUCUGUGAAUGAACUGGUGGUGUACAUUGUGACCACUUUAAAUGAGAUCAUUACCAUCAUGAUCAUCCUUACCUCCUAUUUGUUUAUUCCCAUCACCAUCCUGAGGAUGCGCUCUGCAGAGAGAAGGUGCAAAGCCUUUUUCACCUGUGCUUCCCAUUUCAUGGCUACCAUUGUCUUUCAUGGAACAAUCAUUUUCUUUUAUUGCAGACCCAGUUCUGACUAUAGUCUGGAAACUGAGAAAGUGACCACAGUGUUCUAUACUGUAGUGGUUCCCAUGCUGAACCCCCUGAUCUAUUAUAGCCUCAGGAACAAGGAUGUGAAAGCAGCUUUCAGGAAAAUGGUGGGCUUCAAAAUGUUUUAA